CAUCAGUGUGUUGUUGCGUCUCCUGCACCCCCGUGCUGGGGACCUGGCCUGCAACCCAGGCGUGUGCCCUGACUGGGAAUCAAAUUGGAGACCCUUUGGUUCACAGGCUGUCACUCAAUCCACAGAACCACACUAGCCAGAGCUUAGGUUGUAACUGGCACAAUGGAAGAAUCUAGAAUUUGCAGACAAGGAGUAAAAGCAGUUAUGUUACAUAACUGCCAAUCAAACAGUAUUCGUCAGCAUCAAGACUCAAAUUGUGGUGGCACAAGUAACAAAUAUUCACUGGACAAGGAUGAAGGCAGUGACUUUAUAAUAAAAAACAGUAAUUUGAUGAACCCACUGUUUUGCACACAGGAGUCAAGAGAGAAACCUCCUCGGCUAGACGCUGGGACAGAUCACUCUGAUAGUCCACAGGAUUCAGAGUGCAACAGGAACAAAGGAAAAACCUUAGGGAAAGAAGUAUUAUUAUUGAUGCAAGCCUUAAAUACUCUUUCAACACCAGAGGAGAAGCUGGCAGCUCUCUGUAAGAAAUACGCUGAUCUCCUGGAGGAGAGCUGGAAUGUUCAGACGCAAAUGAAGAUUCUGCAGAAGAAGCAAGCUCAGAUCGUGAAAGAGAAAGUUCACUUGCAGAGUGAACAUAGCAAGGCUGUUUCGGCAAGAAGCAAACUAGAAUCUCUUUGCAGAGAACUUCAGCGUUACAACAAGACAUUAAAGGAAGAAAAUAUGGAGCAGGCACGAGAAGAAGAAGAAAGUCGUGAAAAAGCAACUUCACAUUUCCAGUUAACUUUAAAUGAAAUCCAAGCACAGCUGGAACAGCAUGACAUACAAAAUGCCAAACUGCGCCAGGAAAACACUGAACUGGGAGGGAAGCUGAAGAAGCUCAUUGAACAGUACACACUGAGGGAGAAGCAUAUUGAUAAAGUGUUCAAACGCAAGGAACUGCAACAACAUCUUGUGGAUGUCAAGCUUCAGCAAAUAACACAGCUCAUAAGAGAAGCUGAUGAAAAACAUCAAAGAGAAAGAGAGUUUUUGUUAAAAGAAGCAACAGAAUCAAGGUACAAAUAUGAAGAAAUGAAACACCAGGAAGUACAAUUAAAGCAGCAGCUUUCUAUUUAUAUAGAUAAGUUUGAAGAAUUCCAGACUACGAUGGCAAAGAGCAAUGACCUCUUUACAAACUUCAGGCAGGAAAUGGAAAAGAUGACAAAGAAAAUUAAGAAACUGGAAAGAGAAAUGAUAAUAUGGCGUACCAAGUGGGAAAGUAAUAAUAAAGUACUUCUGCAAAUGGCUGAAGAGAAAACUAUUUGUGAUAAAGAGUACAAAUCUUCCCAAAUGAAGCUGGAACGGUUAGAGAAGCUGUUUAGAGCACUUCAAGUGGAAAGAAAUGAUCUCAGUCAGAAAGUGGAAGCCUUGAAAGAGCAGGGCCCUGUGAAAGCUGCAGAUGUAGCUUUAGCAACACCUGGGAUACAGCCCUGUGCUACUGUUGCUUCUCAGAAAGACUGGAACCCUUCCUGCAAAGGAGCUCCAGGAAUCUGCUCGCAGGAUGAGACCAAGGGAGGAAAUGAAACCAAAGGCAGUUCCAAAGACCCUUUCCACAUGAUCUCUUCUGGGCAUUGAUUCAGCUGCCGUAGUGAUGAGUGCUUCAUGUAUUGAGACAUUCUUUGUAUAUAAUUUUCCCAUAGCAGUUAGAAUAGGCUUUCUGAUGAAAAUUUUCUACUUCUGCAUUUUCUUAGAACUAUUGAACUGCGUGAUACACGAGAGUGCUUAGCAGUCUUGUGUCGUUUUCAUGUAUACAUUUCUACAGUUGUAUUGCCUAUCUGCCUUAUUUUCCCCUUCAUUGCAAUAUGUCUACUCAUUCCCCUUAUGGCUUCAGUGUUAUCACAUUGUGUGCUCAUUGCCUUAUCUGUGGGUCUUGCACCUCAUUACAAUUAAAUUUAGAUUUGUUCUAACACUGGCUCCCUAUGUGAAAAUCGAAACUAAUUCAAACUCUCUAGUCCACUAACAGAAGAACAAGCCAUAUAAAAAUGAUUAGUUUAGUUUAUUGGUUUGUUUUAAUGCCAUGUAAAAUUAAGACCAGUCUGGGAUACGAAACAAGCAUAGUAUGUUUGAUUCUUAUUGCCUUUUUGAUAAUAUUUUUAACACUUGACGAUUGAGAUGAGUGACGAGUGUCAAAGUAGGAGAAGCUUAUGUAUAUGAAGAUGCCACUUGUGAAGAAACUGGAGUUUGUAGGCAAGUCAGUGGACAAAUAGGCUCAAUAUUCACAUGUCUCAAAAUGUCAUACUGCUUUAGUUUAUGGUAGAUAGAUGUCUAAGGAAAAAAAAAAACAUCUGUAACAGGGCUCUGCAUUUAGAAUGGGCAAAUUUCCGAACAUGGUGAUUUCAUUCCUUCCUUAUUUUAGUGCCUAAAAGCUACAUUUUUUAUUUCAAUGUUCCUCUCACACUUACAAUCUAAAAUUGUUUAAAAAUGCAAAAUUACCUACUAGGGAAAAGAGCCAAGAUUGUAAGUAAGUAAAGUAUAAACUUCUACGAUAAUCAACAGUCCAGACAGAAGAGGAAGUGUGUGUGAUAUCUGACUAAAUACUGUGCCAACAUUAGCAGGAUCAAAACAUCCCACUUCCACCCCCACCACAAGCUUUUAUGAGUACCUCCCUUAGCUAUCAAAUGAAACUUGGGGCCCAGCUCUUUGCAUAAAAGUGAGGAUAUGUGUCAGAGUUAUAAUUCGACUUAGAAUUGAUCCUAGUGAUCAGAUUGUACCAGGACCCAGCUGCUGCAACGUUUUUAACCGUUUACAAAGAGAGUUCUGUGCCCCAUCACACUUCUUUGUCACUUGUUUCAUGUGAGAGGUAAAUCUUGGAUUGAGAGCAAUAUGGUUGACAGAACUUGGUCUAUCUAUUCUUUUGGUUGUCCUCAGUGUACUAGAUAAUAUUGUGUGAAAUAAGACAUUUAAAGGAUCUAGCUUGCUUGAGGAGCUUUUUUUUACCUCCUUACCAAGUGGAGAAAGGCAGGGUCAGGCGGUGACCUGAUGAAAAGCAUUCCCUUCUAAAUGACCUGGAGCAUGCAAAGUGUCUACUGUAUUCUUCAACUGGAGUUGGCAAACCAGGACUUCAACUGGCUACUGCUGGUUUUACAAGGGUAUUUGAACAAAUCUAAAAUAUUUGAUAUCUGACCCUUUGGCAACCCUUGUUUUAAAACACUGUAGCUCACCCAGGAAAGGCUUACAUGCCACAGUCGAUUAAAUUGUGAGCGUUUGUGCCAUUUUGUGGGAAGUUCUGGAGUUGUAAAAUUCCUAGUGGCAGAGGGUUCCAAUGUAGAGAAAUCAAUAUGGUGUGAAAGAGCAGACCACUUCAUAUUCAGAGGCACAGAGAUACAUUAUGUGGUUCAUGAGACAUUUUCUUAGUUACUAGUGACUAAAGACAUACAUAGUCAAUACCAUAAGACAUGGUCACUGUCUUACUACACCUGUCAUCACAGCUCAUUUCCUUAGGGUUCAUUUUCAGAAAUAACUACCUCUUUACUCUGUAAAUGAAAAUAACCAAAAGAAAAAACAAAAAAGAAAGGGAGGCAGUACUACCUACACUGCCUUAUUUUUACAGCUCACGCAUCCUUCAUAGACAUAACUAAAUUGAUGAGGCAGUCUUACUUCGUUGUGCAAAGACACUUUUGCAGAUUAUUCACUAAAUAUGAAUUUUAUUUUAUCUUUCUGUGAAGGUUUAGUAACUGUGUAAUGAUUAACUUAAUAGCCUCUGUGUAUUCUUUACAUUUAGUGACUUUAAUUCCAUAACCCUCAAGUUCAAACACAAUUUUUGUAAACAGCUACAUUUUUUGAUCUUAAGACCCAGUUAAUUAAAGCACAAUUUGAAUAAGCACUGAGUAGAGGAACAUACCCUCAAUUUGUCUGGCAAAAGUCACUUAGCUAGAAAGCUCCACAUAUAGAAAGCUGGAAGAAUAAGGGUUUUGUUGUUGUUGUCGUCGUUUUAACCUUACUAAAAUUAUAAGAAUUACACCCAGAAGCUCUUUAUUUUUGAUAUUUGAAAACUCUCCUUAAAGUGUUAGAAACAUGUGCACACAGAAAUAUGAAUAUACAUGCUAUAAAUUUUAUGACUUUUAAAUUUUAUUUUCAAAUAUACUUCUACCUAAUUUAUUGUGCUGACAUUGGUUAAUAAAGUUACAUAGCCUGGAGGUGUGCAGUUCUUGUAAAAUAUCAUCUGUAUAUUAUAUUUUCUCUUCUCCACCCCAAGUCAAUUCUCCUUCCAUCACCGUUUAUCCCCCUUUACCCUCUUUUUCUUCCACACCCCACUUUUCCUCUGGCAGUUACCUUACUCUUGUCUCUGUCUGUUAGUGAGUUUUUUGUUUUUUUUGUUUUUGCUUUUGCUUCAGUCCCUUCACCUGUUUCACCCAGCCCCCAAAUCCCGUCCCCUCUGACAGCUGUCAGUCUGUUCUCUAUAUCCAUGCAUCUGGUUCUCUUCUGUCUGUUUUGUUCAUUACACUCCACCUAUG